GGACUGGUUGUUGCUGCUCAAGACCAAGCUCUUCGGACUCGGUACUAUGAGCGCAAGAUUCUACAUCGUGAUGUCAGUCCUACUUGCCGCAUGUGCAGUGUAGGCCUGGAGACAGUCGACCACAUUGUGGCAGGCUGUAGUGCUUUGGCACCGACGGACUACACUGAUCGACACAAUCAGGUGGCAUCCAUCAUUCACUGGGACGUUUGUCGCCAUUUUGGGGUUCCAGUGGAGAGCAGAUGGUACCGGCAUCAUCCUGAUAGGCUUGUGGAGACGGAUGACAUUACUAUGAUGUGGGAUACCACCAUCCCCACUGCCAGGAAGAUCAAAGCCAAUCGUCCAGACAUCUGUCUCAGAAAUAGGAAGACAAACACUUGUCUUCUUAUUGAUAUCAGCUGUCCUGCUGAUGGCAACAUUGGCAAGAAACAUGCUGAGAAGUUGGCGAAGUACAGCGACUUGCGAGUGGAGAUAAGCCGCAUGUGGCAUUGUCGAACACUGGUGGUUCCGGUGGUCUUGGGAGCUUUGGGCACAGUGCACGCAGACAGCCGUGAUGGUCUAAGUACUUCUGAAGCAGGGUUUGCUUCCGGUACUUGUAAUAGACUUUACAAACCAGACUGAUCUGGUUGAGCACGACACAUAAUAAUAAUAAUAAUAAUCCAGGUCUGUGUAGGCCUGGAGACAGUCGACCACAUUGUGGCAGGCUGUAGUGCUUUGGCACCGACGGACUACACUGAUCGACACAAUCAGGUGGCAUCCAUCAUUCACUGGGACGUUUG